GAACAGUAGCAUCACACGCGUUAGACCUUUAGGCCUAAACGGGGAGCCGUCACGUGAAGUCAAACUGAAAACUCUCCCACUGGGACGGUUCCUUGUGAGUAAAUUCAAAGCUCGAACUUUCCAUUUAGAAACAACUUUCGUUGCAUUUUCUGCCAUUUCUCAAGUUCACACCUCUACCUGAGAACAAUGCGCUGCUCCAGCUGUUUAUCCGCUCCUGUGAUGUUGUUGGCCAAAAUCUCCGUUGUGGUCUUACUCCUUGCUAUCGAUGGCACUUCCUCUUCUGAAUCCACAGACAACGUUGUCUUGUCUUCCUCACCCGACAGCCAGAAAGCAGCUACAAGCAGGCAUAAACGCGCUCCAGGCUGGGGCAAGCGAAGCAGUCUGAACGACGAAGAUCUUUUCGCCGACUCAGACAGUGCCCAAGAACUUCUGGACAGUGUGGCAGCCUUGAAACGAGCUCCGGGUUGGGGGAAAAGAUUCAGCGGCCUUAUGUCGGAGGGCUCUAGCUUAGAGGCGAAACGCGCGCCUGGAUGGGGCAAGAGAGGCCAGGAGAUUGACGUGGACGAAGACGGCUCAGAGCAGGAAAAGAGAGCCCCUGGCUGGGGGAAGAGGGCUCCGGGGUGGGGAAAGAGAGCCCCUGGCUGGGGCAAGAGGGCACCUGGAUGGGGCAAGAGGGCUCCCGGCUGGGGCAAACGUGCACCUGGAUGGGGCAAGAGGUCAGGCGGAGACUAUUGUGAAACCCUAGAGAAAAUGGUCGACGCAUACAUUUACAAGGCUGUAGAGGUGGACUCGCGGAGGCUCGCAGACUGCGGAAGUGGCGAGGGAACUAAUGAGCCGUUCCGGAAGUGAACAGAAGUGAGAGGAAAACAGCGGGAGGACGCGGACCAUUUGAGGCUACAGGAGCCAACGAAUGCUGCAAGACCCUCUCAAAGCUGAGCAGACCGGGACCGUAUCGUUAUUAAGGAAGACUGUAUAGCAACACGAAAUUCAUGGAUGUACAGGCUGUAAAAUAGGCAUUGCGAGUAAUUCAUUGUUGGCGGGUGGUUUGAAUUGUUUAUUGUGUUUUCGGAUUUCCCAACAUGAAAAAAAUUAAAUGAAUUGACAUUGUGGAAACAUUGUUUGGAUUGACUAGAACCUGUCGUUUUACAUUCUUGUCCGAGUGACUUACGUUGGCGGAAAAAAGGUUUAAUAAAGAGGCUUUUGAAA